AUGGGUGGCCACGGUGGAUUAAAUAUUCUCCCUCAAAAGGAGUGGAAUGUUUACCGUGUGGAUCGCCAAUUUCAAGUCAAAUACGAUUACCACCGCAAGGUAGAGUCGGAAUUAGCAGAUAAGGAAAAGAGACGUAAAAAACGUUACAAUGACACUUUGGUUAAACUUAAAAGGGAUAGGCUACGAUCAAAUUCUAGGUCAUUGUCAAAUGAAAGGCAGUCCAGAUCAGCGAAUACGAGUGAUAGUGCUGUGAGUUGUGUGAAUAGUGCCAAUGAUGCCAUAAAAUUGGCUGUAAAAAGACAUAUGCAACAUUCCUAUACGAGAAGAUACAGGCCAAAAGAUGAACCAAGCGAUGAAUCAACGGAUGAUGAGAUGAAACGCCUUAAAGGAGAUGAUUUGGAUGACCUUAAGCGUAUGAAAUAUCACUUAACUGACAAAAAAAAAUCUAGUGGAGAACAAAUAACGCCAAUUGAUACUGAGGCGAAUGAUGAAACGAGAAAUGGUAUAGUGCCUUUUAGGCUAUUUGAGAAGGAGGAAAGGAGGGAUAUGAGAAGGCAAAAGGAGCAACGGGAGCAACUAAUAAAAGCAUCUUGCUAUGUGUACAAUGGGAGUGGAAGGAAUGCGAAACAGAUUAAUAUUUACACUGAUACUACAGAAGAAGGUAAACAAAAUUUGGUUUCUGAUUUUAAGCAGUUUGCAGAAGCACCAAAGCCUUGGUAUAGUAAACGUUGUGACUGGUAUCAAUCCAAAUCUAACGAUAGUUGUAAUGGCAGCACUAAAAGCGACAGAUUUAGCACGUUUAAGUCUAAAUUUGAUGUCAAUUCAGUAGAUCUCAAGGAUAAUUUGUUGAUGGAGAGACUGGAGAGAGAAGCCAAGGAAAGGGAAAGAGCCCAACAGUUAAAAAUGAAGAAGGGUAUACUGUACCCAUGA